AUGGAGAAUGAUUAUAGCAAAUUCGUCCAGAAAUGCCAUAAGUGCCAAAUUCAUGGAGAUUUGAUAAUGGUUCCUCCGACAGAACUGAAUGCCAUAGCGCCGCCUUGGCCAUUUGCCGCUUGGGGCAUUGAUGUCAUAGGACCAAUUGAGGUAGAUGCCUCAAACAAACACCGCUUCAUUUUGGUCGCCAUAGACUACUUCACCAAGUGGGUGGAAGCGGCAUCUUCUUCAUCAUUCCGAAUCACUCAUCGAAAUUCAACUGCAUAUCAGCCACAAAUGAAUGGACCUGUGGAAGACGUCAAUAAAAAUAUCAAUAAGAUCCUCAGAAAAAAGAUUGAUAACUACAAAGACUGGCAUGAACAACUGCCUUAUGCAUUAUUGGGAUAUCGCACCACAGCCAGAACUUCAACUGGGGACACUCCAUACUUGUUGGUGUAUGGCACUGAAGCAGUAAUACCAACUGAGGUAGAAAUCCCUUCACUUUGA